CAAUCCACUAAAACGUCAAUUGUCAUUAGCUUUGAAUGGUCCCUAUUCCCCUGCUAGCUCAAAAAUUCAACAAACAAAUAAAUUAGAGGUAAUGCGAGACCAAAAUGUCUCUUCACUUCAAAGGACUUGAGCCCAAGUGAUUAUUUGACUAUUGUAGAAUAGCAAAAAUUUUCAUAAUGUCUAGUCAAGAUAAAAUAGAUGAGAUGCUGAAUCGAAUUAGGCAGCCAAACGGCCUCCCUACUAAUGGAAUUCGUGCUAGCCCUGGUGGGACGAGCCCCAAUCGCAGAAAUCUAUCAUUGCCAAUGGAAGUUGGGGAACCACGAAGAGUAACACCAAGGCCUAAUGCUUUGAAAUUCACAAUAAACAGACAACAAAAUAUUGAGACUGAAACCAAGCUUAAAGAAAUAAUGAAGAUAAGUGGGAAGUUGAAAAUAAAUAAUGUUGAAUACAAUACUGAUAUCAAAGAUUUAGAAUUAAUUGAAGAGUUAGGUCAUGGAACUUGUGGCCAUGUUUACAAAAUGAAGCAUACUGGUAGUAAUGAAGUUAUUGCUGUGAAGCAAAUGAGACGAUCUGGAAAUUCAGAAGAAAAUAAGAGGAUUAUUAUGGACAUUGAAGUUGUUUUAAAGAGCCAUGAUUGUAAAUUCAUUGUGCAAUGUUUGGGUUGUUUUAUAACAGAAUCAGAAGUUUGGAUAUGUAUGGAAUUAAUGGCCACCUGUUUUGAUAAAUUAUUGAAGAAACUCAAGAAACCAAUACCUGAAAGAAUUCUUGGGAAAGUCACUGUAGCUACUGUUGAAGCUUUAUCAUACCUCAAAGACAAACAUGGAGUUAUGCAUAGAGAUGUUAAACCUUCAAAUAUCCUUCUUGAUGAAAAGGGUAACGUCAAAUUAUGUGAUUUUGGUAUAAGCGGUAGACUAGUGGAUUCUAUGGCUAAAACUCGCAGUGCUGGUUGUGCAGCUUAUAUGGCUCCCGAGAGAAUAGAGCCAAAUCCCGAAAAUCCUGAUUAUGACGUUCGGGCUGAUGUAUGGUCUUUAGGUAUAACUCUUGUGGAACUGGCUACGGGUGUAUUUCCCUAUCAAGACUGUAAGACUGAUUUUGAGGUGUUGGCCAAAGUCAUUAAUCAAGAUCCGCCUUCCCUUCCAAAGAAUAAAGGUUUCAGUUCAGAUUUUCAAGAUUUCGUUUCGUGUUGCUUGAGAAAGCAACAUCAGAGCAGGCCAAAAUACCGGGAAUUAAAAAAGCACGCUUUCAUAAAAAAGUAUGAAACAGAAGAGGUAAAUGUGGGGAAGUGGUUUAUGGAAGCAGUGGAUGAGGCUGAUAGGACAGCCAAUAGACAAAGUAUAACUCCUUCAGCCUUCCGUCGUUUCUUCACCUCUCAGCAGCCGCAGGUCGCCGCCAAGGCCAGCACCAACCCCUUUGCACCCUUAGCCCCUAACGGAACCACCAAUCCAUACAGGUUGCUGUCGCAGAAGCCCAAUUCGUCGGAGGUGGUCCGGUCCGUUGAUCUAAGGACGACGCACAGUUCGCGCUUGGGGGCCUUCCAGUCCCUGAACGGGCACAGAGGCCAGAGCCCCCAGCCGUUGGAAGACCGGAAGGGGCUCAUGAACGGUGUGUGCGAAAUGAACUGCUUCGGCGGCAACAAAAGAGACUCGCCUGCUCCUUUGCCGCAGUCUAGUUUGUUAAGAGACGAUGUGAUCAAGUUCGGUUCUCCGGUUAUGCCCAGGAGGCAGGUCGAUAGUCCGUUGAGUUCUCCGUACCCACACAAGAGGGGUGUGAGCGAGAGCAGAUGGAGGACGCCCAACACUUCACCUUUGCCGCUUAGGGCUAAUAACGAGCCAAGCGAUGGGGAAUGUUGUUGCAGUAAUACUAGUCCUAUUGUCUUUCAGAGGUUUAUACAUCAGCAGAAGCAGCAGCAGUUGGCCAAAGAGGCUGAGGAAGAGGCUAAAUAUAAUCCUGGUAGAAAAAGGUUCACUUCAUACAUUAAACUACAACUAAAUGGGGAUAAAAAUGGUAGAUCAUCACCUCGACAUCAAAGUCCAGAACCACCUCCUAGACUAAGUAGAUUGAAUGGAGAUAGUCCGUUACCAAUGCGGAAAAAUAUACUAGAUUCGAAUGGGUCAUUGGCUUCUCCAAGUUUAUCACGAAGGUACGUUUCGCCAUCACCACCAAUUCCUCCACCUCGUAGAUUGUCAGAAAGCACUUCAGUACCUGGGUCACCGCUGCAUUCAAAAGCUAGGUUCUACUAUACGCCAGAGCCUCAUAGACGCUUUUUAUCAUGAUAGCAAAUAAUUGACUUCGUUUGGAAUGAGACUUGAUCCCUUCAUUGCUUCUCUGUAUGAGGAAUGCUGAAGAAUAAUUGAAGCUGCUUCCAAUCAUCAUGCCAUAAAAAUGAUGACAGACACUGACUAAUGGAGUAAUGCUUGUUAUGCUGAAGAUUGAAGUUCCACUUUUUCAAAAUAUUGUUUUGAAUGUUAUAGAAAGAACAAUGAUUGAAGUUUGAAUAUUUACUGCAACUUCAAUUUCUAUUGUUCCUAUUUCUUACAUUAUUUUUCCUCCUAAAUUUGGAUUAUUUCAGUCGCCAUUUAUACUUGUUUUUCAUGCGUAAUUUUGCACCAUUAGUCUUUUACAUUGUUAUAAUUGGAUUGAAGCUACUCCCAUUGAAUUUUUUAUGAAGUAGAACUUGAUCAGAAUUCAUUUUGUAUAAAUAAUUAUUUAAAUUCAUUGUUCAUUCAAAGAGAUGAAAGUGUAGUAUGACGAUCUGAGAUAAAUAAAAUUUACGGUGGUUUCUUAAAAGUUGAUCAAAGCAAAUUUUACUUGAUUAACCUUUGGGAUGGCAGCAAAUAGACUGUUCAGAUUUUACGUUAAAAUUACUCGACAAGUUUCAAUAAAUCAUAAUUCACUAAACAAAUUAGAGUACUUGAACAUUUUUUCAUGAUUUGAAACUUCAAUGCUUUUCUUUUUUCCAAAUUUAAAUCUCUGGUAUGAAGAUUUUUUCUAAGCAAAAAAUUUAGUAUAACUUCAAUUUCAUUCUGAAUAAGGAGGGAAUGUUUUGAAUCAGUACUUAGGUUUACCCUGAUCAAUUGUAAUUAUUCUAGUUCUUCGAUACACUUCUCAGUGCAUAUUACAUUUUCCCUAUGUGAACUAACGAACGGAAAAUAGUCAUAUAUUUUACUAGUCCUUAUUUGAUAAUUUGUAGUUAAGUCGUAAACCCACCUCAAAAACAAAAUACAUUUUUUGAGAUGAUUGUAUAAUUUGUACAUAAUUAUAUAAAUUAUAAAUAAUAUAAUUCUG